AUGGCAACUUGGAUGUCCGACGAGGGCCUUGGGGCCAGAGAGUCAAUCUCUGAAACCCAUAUUCUAGUUACUGAACUCUACAACCCGGCAAACCAACGAGACCCCGCCAGGAUCAACGAGAUCCAGACACGACUUCAACAACUCCAAAAGACGGAACAUGCGUGGGCAAUUGCCGAUUCACUUCUGCAAAGUGAGCACUCUACCCAGCAUCGCUUCAUGGGAGCACUCACUUUCACGGUGAAGAUCAAUGUCUCCUGGAAUGAGAUCAACGAGAACGCAGCGACGGAGAUAAUGCAGCACCUCAUCAAUCGCUUUGUCGCUUUGGUCAUCAAGGGUGAACAAGCAAUGGUCGUACGGAAGCUCGCUUCGAGCCUGGUCGCCAUUUUCAGACACCCGGUUACACCUUGGAAGCAAGCUGUGUGGCAGCUUGCUGCAUGCCUCGUCCACGGCGGGUAUAUAUCAGAGGAAGAAUCACAAGCGGUGGAUUUCCAGGGGCGCAUACUGCCAGCAUUGGGCAAGAACGGAUCGGGUGCAUUGCUGUUCUUCUCAAUAGCACUCGCCGAGGAGGCUUAUAGGCUGGAUUCGGAACCUCAGGAUGGGGCUGGGGAUAAAUCCGCUAUCCAGCGCGCCAUCUUGAACAUCAAGGACGGGUUGCUUCUAGCUCAGUAUGUCCUAAGAGAGAUGGCACAUCACACAAAGGUAGCUGGGGAUGAUGCGGUUGAUGUGGCACUGGGGGCUGAAGCCAUGAGUUCUUGGAAAACAUGGCUAGGAGUUCAUGGCAACCGUCAACGGUCUUCCGCUGAAGACAUCAAUACUUUGGCCGUAAAUUGUGGCCAGACUAUCAUCGAAACGCUGAGGGUUCCUAGCCUGAGUGAAAGCGCAGCUUCUAUUCUGACCCAGGCUUUUGAAAGCCGCCGCUGGGCCUUUGACAAUGGUUCAAUUUGGCUUUUAUCCGAGAUUCUUGCCGAUUCAUUCGUCACAGCGCGUAUCGCUGCAGUGAGAAGUGGAGACGAAGGCAACGAGAGCAUGUCGUUUGUCGACCUACUGAUAGCCUACGUCUCACACUUACACUUGGACAUCUUCAGUGACCCAGUUACACCACAAAAUGCGGCGAUUCUGGCCCUCGUGCACGGUAUCUUUGAGACUCCUGGAUAUGCUGCCAUUGAUGAUCUCGGUACCCCACGGGUUUUAGAGUUUUGGAACGAGAUCGCCGAGAGCCUCCCCGAUGAACUGGAAAAAGAUAGCUCGAGAUAUCAGCUGGUGAAGUCCCAUGUAGCUCAAGUCGUCUUGGGACUUUCCAGCAAGUUACUAUACCCUAGUUCUGAAGACUUGGAAGAUUGGACCGAUGAAGAGCGGAGCGAAUUUAGCGCUUUCCGCCAUGAUGCUUGUGACUACCUUCUAUCAGCAUACCCAGUCCUUGGUGUCGAACUAGUGACUGUGUUCCAGAGAAGCGCAACCUCUUACCUAGAGGCUCGGGACUGGCGUAACUUCGAGACAGCUAUGUUCUGCAUCGCUCAACUCUCAGAGGCAGUGGACGAAAAUGGCCACGCCGAUCAGUGUCUCGACGCUAUUUUCGGAAGUGAUUCCUUCGCCCGGCUUUGCGCUGGUGGUGAGACAGAGAUACCGCUUAAGGCUCGUCAGACCCUGGUGGAUUCGUUCGGAAAAUAUCAAUCAUACUUUGAACGACACAGUGCAUUACUUGCUGGUGUUCUCAACAUCUUGUUUGACUCUCUCAAUUACGAACUGUGUGCUCAAGCAGCUUCAAGAUCUAUCUUGACUCUCUCAAAGUCCUGCGCCCGCGUGUUGACAUCAGAUCUUCCGGCAUUUUUAGAUCAGCUGGACCAGUUCAGAAGCAAGCCGACGGCAACCGUUUCCACCAUGCCAAAGGUUUUGGAAGGCAUUGCGACUAUCAUUCAGAACCUGUCCACCGAUCAAGAGAAAGUGCAAACCCUGGAGAGAAUCCUAAGCUUCUUUGUCCAAGAAGCUAACACAGCGCGUGCAGAGGUCACCGGCCCUGCACAUGAGUCUGGUCGUGCACGCGGUCACCUUGUACUGAGCUGCAUUGCAAGUAUUGGAAGGGGUCUUCGUUCUGAAAACGAUGAACCCAUCAAUAUUGACACUCUAUCGGAAGGAAACCCUUAUCCCCCGUCUUUCUGGAACGCCGGACCGGGUGCCGAAGCUCAGAGGUUAAUCAUGGAGUCCAUGAGACUUCUCAUUGUGGACUUCCCCGUGGAUAACAGCAUUAUCGAAGCAGCCUGCGAUAUUUUGAAGGCUGGGUACACAGAGACAGCAGGGCUUUUUGUCUUCCCGCCCUCGAUGACGGUUGAUUUCAUCAAAAGCUUCCCACUUGGUAUUGCUGGAACAGAUGUUAUCAUGGCGACUGCAUCAUCAUUUUUGGCAUCCCACGCUUCUCAUGCCAUGAAUAUUCGCAGCGAAGCCGCAGCGUUGAUCGAUCAUGUCGCCCAACUGUUCUCUUCGAUGCUUCAGAACCCAGAUUUGUAUGAUCCAGAGACUGCGAAUGCUGGGAUUGACUUCCUGGCGCGUCUCCUGCCAAAGUACUAUCCGAUUCUGUUUACUUCCGGACCAGAGCUCAGCCCGGAAUCUCCUCUCGUUGUGCUACUCCAUUUCACGCUUCACGCAUUAACACGGCCUGAACCCCUCCCUCUCCGAUCCGCCUCAUUAUUUUGGAUUGCAUUAAUCGACCUCCGCGGCAAUUCCCAAGAACAAACUUCCAUCAUUGAAUCAGUCCAUCGAGAAUUCAUCCCGCGCUUGUGCUAUACCAUCAUCCAACAAAUUGCAGGCCAGUGCGCAAGGUCAGACCUGGUUUCACUAAACGAUGCCCUCCGACGUAUUAUUUUCAAAAAAAUGGUACUGGCUCGUCCGGCUCUGAGAGCUGCACUCGACUCUUUGAAUGCGCAGGUCACAGAUCCAAGCGGACAGCAGGUGCCUCUUCUCUCCCCGCAGGACAAAUCUCGAUUCUUGGAGUCCCUUGCUAUUGCCCGCGGUGCCCAGAAACAGUCACUCGAUAUUGUGCGUGCCUUUUGGUUGAAAUGCCGCGGAAUGAAUUUCGAUUAUGCUCAGUGA